AUGGAGGAUCUGAGAACGUUAAAUAAGCUGAAGUCACCCAAGAGACCAGCAUCCCCGUCCUCUCCCGAACACUUGCCCACCACCCCUGCAGAGUCUCCAGCCCAGAGAUUUGAAGCUCGGAUAGAAGACGGCAAACUGUACUACGAUAAAAGAUGGUACCAUAAGAGCCAAGCCAUCUAUCUGGAGUCAAAAGACAACCAGAAACUGAGCUGUGUGAUCAGCUCUGUCGGAGCCAACGAAAUCUGGGUGAGGAAGACAAGUGACAGCACCAAGAUGAGGAUUUACUUGGGCCAGCUUCAGCGUGGGCUCUUUGUGAUCCGCCGGAGGUCAGUGAUGAUACAACAAGCUUCCCAGGAAACAACCACGAAGUCUACAGUGAAGCUUCUUUGUGUCUUGCCAAGGAAUGUGAAUAGCAUCUCCAGACUGACCCUUUGGAAAACCUCGAAGUUUCUGAGUGACAGCAGCUUCCAAGUGACAAGGUGUCUUCUCUGA